AUGAGUACCAUUUAUAGGGAAAGCGACUCGGUAAAGUCGGAGGCCUCGCUAUCGCCAGCCACCGUCCCCAUCUAUAUCAAGGUGGAAGAUGAAAAGAAAAACUCAUUCGUUAAGAGUACUGAGGAGGAUGUCAACAAUCUCACUGCGACUACUGACGAGGAGGACCGUGAUCCGGAAAGCCAAAAAUUCGACCGCCAUUCCAUUCAAGAGGAAGGUCUUGUUUGGAAGGGCGAUCCUACGUACUUGCCUAAUUCUCCAUAUCCCGAAGUGAGAGCAGCAGUAUCCAUCGAGGAUGACCCUACCAUCCGCCUCAAUCACUGGAGGACUUGGUUCUUAACCACGAUAUUUGUGGUAGUUUUUGCCGGUGUCAAUCAGUUCUUUUCCUUGAGAUAUCCAUCUUUAGAGAUCAACUUCCUUGUCGCACAGGUUGUUUGCUAUCCAAUAGGUAAGGUUCUGGCUCUCUUGCCCGACUGGAAGUGUGCCAGAGUACCAUUCUUUGAUUUGAACCCGGGACCAUUCACUAAAAAGGAACACGCCGUAGUCACCAUUGCCGUGGCGCUCACUUCUUCCACUGCAUAUGCUAUGUACAUUUUGAACGCUCAAGGAAGUUUCUACAAUAUGAAGCUAAACGUCGGAUAUCAGUUCUUGUUGGUUUGGACAUCUCAGAUGAUUGGUUAUGGUGCUGCAGGUCUGACGAGAAGAUGGGUCGUCAACCCUGCAAGCUCCAUUUGGCCUCAAACUCUAAUUUCAGUGUCAUUAUUCGAUUCGUUGCACUCAAGAAAAAUCGAAAAGACAGUUGCAAACGGUUGGACGAUGCCCCGGUACAAAUUUUUUUUGAUUGUACUUAUCGGAUCCUUUGUUUGGUAUUGGGUACCGGGAUUCCUCUUUACUGGUCUGUCCUACUUUAAUGUCAUUCUAUGGGGGUCCAAAACGAGGCACAAUUUCAUCGCCAACACAAUCUUCGGCACCCAAAGUGGACUUGGUGCGCUGCCGAUUACAUUCGACUACACUCAAGUCUCCCAGGCCAUGUCCGGUUCUGUUUUUGCGACACCAUUCUAUGUCUCCGCCAAUACCUAUGCAUCAGUGUUAAUUUUCUUUGUCAUAGUCCUACCAUGUCUUUAUUUCACCAAUACUUGGUAUGCCAAAUACAUGCCCGUCAUUUCAGGCUCCACUUAUGACAAUACGCAACAUAAAUACAACGUGACCAAAAUUCUAAAUGAGGAUUUUUCCAUCAACCUCGAAAAAUAUAAGGAAUACUCGCCAGUAUUUGUUCCUUUCUCGUAUCUAUUAUCUUACGCUUUGAAUUUUGCCGCCGUUAUCGCUGUUUUUGUCCACUGCUUCUUAUACCAUGGUAAAGAUAUUGUUGCCAAAUUUAAAGAUCGUAAAAAUGGUGGCACUGACAUUCACAUGAGAAUCUACUCUAAAAAUUAUAAGGACUGUCCCGAUUGGUGGUAUUUGGCCUUACAGCUCGUUAUGAUCGGCUUAGGUUUCGUGGCAGUAUGUUGUUUCGAUACUAAGUUCCCAGCUUGGGCAUUUGUCAUUGCCAUACUAAUUUCCCUCGUAAAUUUCAUUCCACAAGGUAUCUUGGAGGCAAUGACUAAUCAACACGUUGGUUUGAAUAUUAUUACUGAAUUGAUCUGCGGUUACAUGCUGCCUUUAAGACCGAUGGCAAACUUAUUAUUCAAACUGUACGGAUUCAUCGUCAUGAGACAAGGUUUAAACUUGAGUAGAGAUUUGAAGUUGGCUAUGUACAUGAAGGUUUCACCCCGUUUGAUCUUUGCAGUUCAAAUAUAUGCCACUAUCAUAUCUGGUAUGGUUAAUGUUGGUGUCCAGGAAUGGAUGAUGCAUAAUAUCGACGGUUUAUGUACCUCAGAUCAGCCAAAUGGCUUCACUUGUGCAAAUGGUCGUACGGUUUUCAACGCCUCUAUUAUCUGGUCUUUGCCAAAGUACCUUUUCUCAUCAGGCCGUAUCUAUAGUCCACUAAUGUGGUUCUUUUUGAUUGGUUUAUUAUUCCCACUGGUCGUUUAUGCUGUUCAAUGGAAAUUCCCUAACUUCAAAUUCGCUAAGCACAUUCAUACACCCGUGUUUUUCACAGGUCCAGGUAAUAUCCCACCAAGCACACCUUACAACUACUCAUUAUUUUUUGCAAUGUCGUUUUGCCUAAACAUUAUAAGGAAAAGGUGGAGAGCUUGGUUCAAUAAGUACAAUUUUGUAAUGGGAGCUGGUGUUGAAGCAGGUGUGGCAAUUUCAGUCGUCAUUAUCUUUUUGUGUGUACAAUAUCCUGGUGCCAAACUCAGCUGGUGGGGGAACAACGUUUGGAAAAGAACGUACGAUAAUGAUUAUAAAAAAUUUUACACCUUGAAGAAAGGUGAGACAUUUGGUUAUGAUAAAUGGUGGUAA